AUAUAUUCCUUGCUAGAAAUUAUACACAAAUUGGUACUGAGUAUAUUAUCAUUACAUACUGUACUCUAACAUUUCUUUGCCAGUUCACUGUUAUUGCUAGAGAGGAUAAUACUGUUCUUGAAAUAACGUUCCCUGGAUAUUUUAAUGCUUUGGUUAAAUUUGACGGAACCUAUUAUGGCCCAGGUGACGUAAUGACGUUAAUUUUACACGAAUUACAGACUUUCCAAAUCCAGUCAACGUCUGAUCUGAGUGGAGUGAAGAUUAUAUCGAUAAACAAAAAAAGCUUUUCUGUUAUUUCUGGUAGCUCGUAUACAUCAAUUCAAAAUGGCGGUUUGCGCGAUUACAUGGCGGAUAUGGUACCUCCUAUAGCUACGUGGGGGAGCGAGUACGUACUCGUUCGACGGAAUCUACCGCAGUUUUUACGUGACUAUGUCAAAUUCGUUGCUGCAGCUAGUGGCGCAAACAUUUCAAGCAUUGGAUGUGGACCUGUUCUUUACCAUCUGAUCCAGGAAUUUCAAACCUACUUAUUUAGCAUGACGUGUGAACGAGUUUACGUCAUAUCGGAUGAACCGGUACUCAUAGCUCACUUUCCUGUUGGUGUUGGCCAUGGUGAUCCAGCGAUGCUCUUCCCUACUCCCGUCUACCACUAUGUCAGUAAAUAUACGGUUUAUAUCCCACCAGGAUUCCGUAGCUGUUCCAUAGCACUCGUAAUGGAGACUAUGCAAGUCAAUACAUUCAGUUUUACCAGGUUUUCGGCCUCCUUUACCCCAUGGGAGGUUAUCGAACAGUCAGUGUAUUCGACAUCCUGGGUAAAGAACGUGAAUUCUGGUGUUGUGGAAAUAACACAUACGUCACCAUUCGGGGGUCACAUGAUAUGCGAAAGAGAUAGUACUAUUAUAACUUCAUCAAUCGGACUUGGAAACGUGACCGUUAAAGAACCGCAGGAAUACUCAACUUCAACUAUGGCUGAUAUCUCAACAACACAAAAUGUUAACGAAACACUAAUAGACGGGGAUUCGACAAAUACACGUAGAACAACUGCCACAAAAGUCGUCACUGAAUCAAGUACUAGUACAGAUGGCAUCAUCGUAUCGUCAAAUGUAACUAGUGACGUCACCACCAGUCAAACACAAAGAAGUGGAAGUGAAUCUAUGUUAAACUGUUCCUGUUGUAAAUCGCCAUCAUAUUCGGAUUCAGAUCUCCCUCCCCCUGAAAUUUUGCUGGAGAUAACCAACGAACUCAAGAAAACACUUACAGUCCCGAAGACAACUACGUCGAACUACGUUCGUAAACACACCUGUGCAUGGGAUACCAGAACAUCCUCAGCGGGAAUAGGUGUUAUGGGUAUUGUCAUUCUCUGUGUAGUGUUAGGAAGUAUCAUUACAUUAGACUUAGUGACUCUUUUUCAAAAGCGGCGAUAAUACAAAGUGUAUAUUUGACAUUGCUCCAUAAUGUCAACUUGACUACACCUAUACUCGGUUAGGUUAUGUGGUGAUAACUUGUUGCUCCAGUUGAGAACGAGUAAAUUUAUCAUAGAUGGCUUUUGUUUGGUAUCUAAAAACAAAUUACACCCUAGACAAACGUCUGGACGAUCCUUACACCAAUAUGUCAGUACAUAAAUGUGAUCAAUAUGUCAGUACAUAAAUCAUACCAUAAAAUGUCAGUACAUAAAUCAUACUUUAAAAUGUCAGUACAUAAAACAUACUGUAAAAUGUGAUAAUUUAACGAUCCUUUU